AUGGCGAUGGAUCUUGUAGUGCAGAACUUUACUACGCCUGUCAUGUUUACUCAACUCAUCGGGGCGUUUGCGCUGUUCAAUGCGCUGCCUCAAGUUUGUGCAGUACCCAGCGCAGCAACACCUAGCGCACAAAAGCAAUGUGCGACAUCGCGACUCGAGCACAAGCAUAGACUGUUUGUUCUCACGGAUAUCAGCAAUGAGCCUGACGAUCAGAUGAGUCUGGUCCGACUCCUCACAUACGCCAAUGAGAUGGAUAUUCGAGGCAUCGCCGUAACCACAUCAACAUGGAUGAAGGAUAAGAUCGACUAUGAAGCCGUCGUCGGUGUACUCGACGGUUACAAACAGGUCGUUGGAAACCUCAGCGCCAACGUUCCUUCGUCUGCACCUUAUCCGUCGCACAAGUAUCUGCUCGAUAGGGUGCACAAGGGUCAUCCAGUUUACGGGAGAAAGUCCCUCAACAUGACAAUCAGUGAUGCUGGCAAGGCUCUAAUCAAAGCAGUCGAUGACUCAAGCACAAAAGAUCCUCUCGUCGUUUCAGUGUGGGGCGGACCUGCGAUCCUCGCUGAAGCCCUUCAAGAAGUCUCACGCAAACGGUCACAAUCCGACGUGGACAAGUUCGUUGAAAAACUCCGUGUCUACGCAAUUUCCGAUCAAGACGAUACUGGAAUUUGGCUUCGAUUAAAAUUCCCUCAACUGUUCUACGUUACUUCUCUCACCGGAUUUAGUGAGUACACGGUAGCAGCAUGGAACGGUAUCUCUGGCGAAGAAUACCGACAUUUCGACCAAGGCGGCCCCGACUCAAGCCUCGUUUCAAACGAUUGGCUCGAAAAGAAUAUUCGCCUCGGGCCACUGGGAUCGCAUUAUCUUAACUGGACGUUCAUCAUGGAGGGCGACACACCUGCCUACCUCCCCCUCGUCCGAAACGGCCUUGGAGACAUCAACCAUCCAGACUGGGGAAGCUGGGGUGGUCGCUACACUCUUCUCGACCAAUCAGGUCAGUCAAACGUCUACGCUGAUACAAGCGACUACGUCGUUGGCAAGAAUGGACAGAGCUUCAUCAGCAAGUUCGCUACAAUCUGGCGAUGGAGAGCGGACUAUCAGUAUGACUUUGCUGCUCGUAUGAAGUGGACUGUCAACGGCAAUUAUUCCGAGAAUAACCAUCAUCCUGUUGUUGUUGUCAAUGGAUCUUGUGGUCCUGCGCCUCUAACACUUAAGUACAAACCUGGCCAGAGCAUUGUUCUCGAUGGAUCUGAGAGUUGGGACCCUGAUGGUAUUGGGCUCAAGUAUGACUGGUUCCAUUACAGAGAACCUGGCAAGUAUGGACGAGGGCUUGAGGGCUUUGAUCCAGCUUUGAAGAUGGAGCCUAUCUUGACGCAGCAGAGUCCCAAUGUGAAUAUUACCAACAUCGAAACUGACGGCAGUGUCGUUAAACUGGAAACCGCGAAGAAGCUCAAUGAUACGCUUCAUAUUAUUUUUGCCGUUCGCGAUGCCACAGAGCAGCCAUUGGCUACCUACAGGAGAGUCAUACUAGAAGCGGAGAAAUCCAGUUAG